AUGCUGAAAUCUUUAUUUCUUCUACGUCCUUCAUCAUUUCAAUGUAUACGUCAAUUUCAUUUAACGAUACCAUCAUUAACAGCCGGACAAACACAAUAUCGCGGUCAAAAAGAAUCGACCUGGUGGGAGAAAUAUGGUUCACAUGUUGACCCGGUUGCAACACGUUCAGAUCUACUCAAUAUGGAUGAUUUAGAUGAACGACAUUAUCGACCCGUUAAACCUGUUAUACCAACCUAUCAAUCGUUUUCUUGUUUUCAUGAUCCACUUGUAUCUCGUGUGCUAGGAGUUCUAUUGCGUGAAGGAAAUCGUGAAUUAGUCGAAGAAUUAAUGCAUAAAACAUUUCGAACAAUAAAACUAAUACAAGUAGGAAAAUUGAAUCGAGCUAAAACUGAUGAAGAACGUUCAUCAAUUGAAUGUAAUCCAGUUACUUUGCUGCAACAAGCAAUUAAAAAUGCAACACCUAUUGUUCGUCUGACAAGAAUAGCUAAGGGUGGUACUCUAUAUUCUGUCCCAAUACCAAUGUCGCCAACACGUGGUACAUUUACAGCUAUUCGAUUAUUAAUUGAUAGUACACAUGAUGCUCGACCACAUGAUCAAAGAUUUUGGACAUUAUUUGCAAAAGAAAUAAUGGACGCAGCACGAAAUCAAGGACGUACAAUAAAGAAAAAGCAAGAAAUACAUCGUAAUGCUGAACUAAAUCGUGCUUAUGCACAUUUUAAAUGGCAAAAAUAA